AUGAAGACUACUUUUACAACGACUCUCGCUUUGGCCGCUGGCGUUUCUGCUCGAACCUUCACGGUGUAUAACGCAUGUCCAUUCACAAUUUGGCCAGCGAUGUUCACGGACUUGAACGUUGGGACUGCCAUUCCAGCCUUCCAGACAGGUUGGGAGGCCCCUGCUUAUUCAAAGGUUUCGUUCACUGUUCCAAACAAUUGGAAGGCUGGAAGGAUCUGGGGAAGGCGUAACUGCGAUUUCUCCGGGAACCCAGGGUCUAACUCUUGCCUUGAUGGGGGCUGCAACGGCGGCCUCCUUUGCGACGCACAUACAGGAACUGGUGUGCCCCCCGCAACUGCCGCAGAGUUCACUCUCUCGACCGACAGCAACAAAGAUUUUUAUGAUGUGUCCCUCGUUGAUGGGUUCAAUCUCCCAAUGCGAAUCACCAACAACGUCGGUUGUCCUGUCGCGGAAUGUCCAGUUGACCUUGGUCCCAGCUGUCCGUCGCAACUGCAAGGUCCUUUCGACUCUAGCGGAUUCCCUGUGGGGUGCAAGUCCGCCUGUUUCGCGAAUCUUGACGGAAACCAAGGAGACUCGGGUAAUUGUUGCUCCGGUAGCCACAAUACCGCCGCAACCUGUCCCCCUUCUGGCGUUGCGUUCUACAGCUACUUCAAAAAAAAUUGCCCAAACUCAUACGUAUAUGCAUACGAUGAAUCAAGUGGAACGGCCCUGUGGACUUGCGAUGCUGCUCUAAACGCUGAUUAUACCGUCACAUUCUGCCCUUGA